AUGACUACAAAAUCAGCAGUCUGCAUGUUAGCAUGCUUUCUUCAACUAUGCAUAGUAAAUGGGCAGGUAAUAUGUGAGAGGCAAAUGACUGCUGAAUGGCGAAUGGAACCAAAACCUACUGCAAUAAAAUGGACACCAAGGGAAAACAUCUGCUCAGACUUUUAUACCGAAUGCUGGAAUAUGAAUAAAAGUAUUGCUGGGGAAAUCUCAGAAGAACAAAAUCUCAGUAUCCCUCAGAUAUGCCCCUUACAGCUUCAAUUAGGUGAUAGUCUCUUCAUCUCAUCUGAGCCAUCCUUUCAGUCCUACGGAAUGAAUUUGGUAAAUGUCUCCAAGGAACGAUUUAUUAACUGCCCUAAAGCUGGUUUUCUUCAAAAGCAGUUGAUUUUUGUUUGCCAGAUAAGAGGACUGCACCAAGUUGACCCUAAAUGGCUUGGUGUUGGAACUCAUUACUUUGCAGAGCUUCAUAAGAGAGGCCCGCCAUUGUGCAACAUGGGCCUUCGUCUGAACGUAACCGUGAAGCAGCAGUUUUGCCAACAGUCUCCAAAUGCACCAUUAUGCUCUGGGCAUGGAAAAUGUCUAAGCCAUGUUUGGGAAAAAGCAUAUAAUUGCCAUUGCUUCUCACAGUAUUCUGGAAGAUUCUGCCAGAAGUUUGAUAUGUGCUCCACUAAACCUUGCCACAACAAUGCCUCCUGCACUGAGAAAUCAGGACUUUCUGGAGAUUCUUACGAAUGCACAUGUCCUCCAAAAUUUUCAGGUAAAAAUUGUACAGAAAUAGUUGGACAGUGCCAGCCACAGACGUGUUUCAAUGGUAACUGCAGCAAUGUUACUCCAAACACUUUUCUUUGUGAAUGUGACAACAGCUUUACAGGUCCAUUUUGUGAGGAACCUGCUGAUCCUUGUGCAUCUCAGCCAUGCUUGAAUGGGGGCAUAUGCCAAUAUAAUCAGUCUGGCUAUGUUUGUGAUUGUCCUGCUGGUUUUCUCGGUCACAGUUGUGAAAUUGAUAUCAAUGAAUGUUCUUCAAGGCCAUGUCAGAACAGAGGUACAUGUAUCGAUUUGCCAAAUGAUGUGGCAUGUAUCUGCCUGCCAAUAUUCACUGGCAAGUUCUGUGAGAGAAUACUGAAUCCAUGUGAAUUGUUGCCUUGCUUAAAUAAUGCGACUUGUGUAGCUCAACCCCAAACCCCCCCCUGCCGCUGCAUGCCAGGAUUCACUGGAAAGAACUGUGAGGAAGUAAUUGACUACUGCAGGCUGCUCAGCAUCAACUGUCUGAAUGAAGGAUUGUGUCUUAAUAUAAUUGGAGGAUUCACUUGUCUCUGUGCACCUGGAUGGACAGGAGAAUUUUGCCAAUUUGCUGAAAAUGCAUGUUUAAUUUACCCAAAUAAUUGUUCUGAUGGAGCAACCUGCAUUGAUAUGAGCCAGCUGAGAGAGCAACCUUUAUUUCAGUGUUUGUGUCCUCAUGAUUUCACAGGAGAAUUCUGCGAGGUGCAAAUUGAUAACUGUGGUUCCAAUUCAUGUGAAAAUGGAGGAACAUGUGUUGACUAUGAAGAUCAUUUUAAGUGCACUUGCCCUAUAGGUUUUGAAGGUGAAAGAUGUGAACUGGAUAUUGACGCCUGCCUAUUCUACAAUACAAGCUGUGCCCCAGGAGCACUGUGUAUGGAUAAAUCUCAUGGAUUUAAUUACACGUGUUUAUCACCAUGUGUUGGAAACACAGAGGUAUGUGCAAAUGGAGGUAGCUGUUUCUAUGAUGAAGAAAACCAGAGAUCUCACUGUGUCUGUGCUCUUGGAUGGACAGGACAAACAUGCCUGGAGAAUAUUAAUGACUGUGAGGUAAACCAGUGCCAACAUGGUGCCACAUGUGAAGAUGAAAUUAAUAAAUACAGGUGCAUAUGUCCCCUUGGUUACACUGGCACAUUUUGUGAACUUGAUAUAGACAAUUGCAUUGGAAACCAGUGCUCUGAAUAUGGUUUCUGCCAGGACCACUUGCAUAAUUACAGCUGUAACUGUGUGCCUGGAUAUGAAGGACCCUUCUGUGAAGUUGAAAUUAAUGAAUGCUCAAGUUCACCUUGCAAAAAUGGAGCUACCUGUAUGGAUUUAAUUGGCCACUUUUCAUGUCAUUGUGCUGCUGGGUUCAAAGGAGAAACAUGUUCUGUUCGCAUGAAUGAGUGUCUAGACAGACCCUGUUGGAACAGAGGAACCUGUGAAGAGGAGAUAAAUGGCUUCAAAUGCAAUUGCCCCUUUGGAUUUGAAGGUCUGAACUGUGAAAUCAACUUUGAUGAGUGCUCUUAUGGCUUCUGUAAAAGCAAUUCAACUUGUUUAGACCUGGUUGCAGACUACAGUUGUGUUUGUCCUCCAGGAUUCACUGACAAAAACUGUUCCACGGGUAUUGAUGAAUGUUCCUUCAAGCCCUGCAAAAAUGGAGGCCAUUGCCAUGAUUUGACUGGUGAAUUUUACUGUAGCUGUUUGCCAGGUUUUACUGGUCAGUUUUGUGAAGCAGAAGUUGCUGCCUGCCUGUCACAACCGUGUGGAGCCUCCAGCAUCUGUAAAGACAUAUUGGGUGGCUAUCUUUGUUUCUGUGCACCUGGUUUUAUAGGUAACAACUGUGAGAUUGAGGUGGAUGAGUGUCUUAGUGACCCUUGUCACAAUGGAGCUACUUGUGUUGAUCAUCUGAAUGCCUUCAGUUGUGUUUGUCAGGAUGGAUUUCAAGGCACAACUUGUGAAGCAAAUAUAAAUGAAUGUCACUCUUCUCCAUGUCUUCAUAAUGCAUCAUGUGCAGAUCUUAUUGGUGGCUACGAAUGUGUCUGUCUACCUGGCUUUACUGGUGCAAGAUGUGAAACAGAUAUAGAUGAGUGCGCUUCAUUUCCCUGCAAGAAUGGAGCCACCUGCAUUGACCAACCUGGUAAUUACUUCUGCCAAUGUGUGGCUCCGUUUAAAGGUUUGAACUGUGAGUUUAGGCCUUGUGAGGCCAGCAAUCCCUGUGAGAAUGGAGCUGUGUGCAUAGAAGAAAUGAAUUUGGAUGUUUUUCCCCUUGGAUUCUACUGCCAGUGUGUGAAGGGCUUUGCAGGUCCACGUUGUGAGAUCAAUGUCAAUGAGUGCAGUUCUAACCCUUGCCUCCACGGAUACUGCUAUGACAUUGUCGAUGGCUUCUAUUGUUUGUGCAACCCAGGAUAUGCAGGACUGAAAUGUGACCAGGACAUCGAUGACUGCAUAAUCAAUGCUUGUGAACACAAUUCUACAUGUGUUGAUCUACAUCUGAGAUACCAAUGUGUUUGCUUGCCUGGAUGGGAAGGAACAUUUUGUGAAUACGAAUCAAAUGAAUGUAAUUCAGAGCCUUGUAAAAAUAAUGGCACCUGUAUGGAUCUUUUCAACAGCUAUCGAUGCACGUGUGCAGCAGGAUGGACAGGGGCAGACUGCAGUGAAGAUAUAAAUGAAUGUGAUUCUGAACCAUGCUUGAAUGGAGCCACCUGUUACGAAUCUGUUAAGCAGGGACAGUUUGUAUGCAUUUGUCCUCCAUUUUAUACUGGUGACUUCUGCCAUCAGCGCUUCAGUCCCUGUGAGCUGCCUUACAAUCCAUGCAUAAACAAUUCGACCUGCUUGGCACAAGUCGAUGGAAAUCCAAUGUGUGUUUGCAAAACAGGAUUUGAAGGUACUUACUGUGAAGUUAACAGUGAUGAGUGCAUCUCCCAUCCAUGCCAGAAUGAAGGUCUCUGUGUGGACGGGGUUAACCAUUACAGGUGCUCCUGCCAGCACGGCUUUACUGGGACACUAUGUGAAGUGGAGAUUAAUGAAUGCUUAUCAAGACCCUGCAAAAACAAUGGAACUUGCCUGGAUCUCGUAAACAGAUUCAUCUGUAGUUGUGAACCUGGAUACUACGGGUCUCUGUGUGAGAUGGAUGUAAAUGAGUGCGAAACUUUGCCUUGCUUGCAUGGAGGAAGUUGCAUCAACAGGCUUGGAGGCUAUCAGUGUUUCUGUCCCCCUGGAUUCACAGGUGAUAGAUGUGAAGUAAAUAUAGAUGAAUGUAUAUCUACUCCUUGCCUCAACAAUGGGAGUUGCAUUGAUGACAUCAGUUCCUAUAAGUGUCACUGUAGGAGAGGUUUUACUGGAACAAACUGCGAGAUAAAUGUUAACGAAUGCUUGCCAGAUCCUUGUCUUCAUGGAAGAUGUAUAGAUCUCAUUGAUGGAUAUCAAUGCUCUUGUGACUCAGGAUGGACCAGCUCAAGAUGUGAGAUAAAUAUUAAUGAAUGUGAAUCUGCGCCCUGCAUUAACAGAGGUUCUUGUCAAGAUGCGGUCAAUGCAUUUGUUUGUACUUGCCUGAGUGGGUACACUGGCAGGUUUUGUGAAGUUGAUGUUGAUGUUUGCAGUGAGCCCACGCUGAACUCAGUUCUCUGUUACAAUGGAGGUGUAUGUGUUGAUGGACCUGGAACAACUUUUCAUUGCAGGUGUCUUGCUGGAUUUUCUGGACAGUUUUGUGAAAUAGAAGUUAAUGAGUGUAAUUCAUCACCUUGUCUACAUGGCUCAACCUGUGAAGAUCAUAUCAAUGGCUACACUUGUAAAUGUCAACAAGGAUGGGAAGGCCUCCAUUGUGAGUUGGAUGUUGAUGAGUGCAUAUCCAACCCCUGCAUACAUGGUAUCUGUGUUCAGAAGGACCCCAGCUUUGGUUAUUCCUGUUUUUGCAAGCCUGGAUUUGUGGGACGAAGCUGUGAGCUUAAUUACAAUGAUUGCCUUAUACAGUCCUGCUCCACUGGGUUUCUUUGUGUUGAUGGAAUAAACAAUAUCACCUGUUUACCUACUAUCCCCCAAAGCAAGAAAACUGUCACUGAAUUGGCUGAAGAGUUUCCUGCUGAGACUUUAGACAAUGACUUUCUGUCAGCCCGUGUGGCUUUGGAACUUUGGUCUAAACAUGCUUCUCCUGAUUUUCAUACAGGAGAGGUGUCCCAAGAUUUUAGUUAUGCUCGCUAUUAUGGUGAUUCUUACCUGGAAUUUCAAGGCUUGCAUUUGAACAUGCAAAACUUCAUCCACUUGGAAUUUAAGACCUAUAAUCCUCAUGGACUCCUCCUGUAUAUUGAACAGAGCCCAGAAACAACAGGACAUUUUUUAAUUCAGCUUUUCAUUAAACAUGGCACCUUACAGUACCAGUUUUUAUGUGAUGAAGCAGCAGAAGUCAAAAACAUCACUACUACUGCUAGAGUGGAUGAUGGACACUGGCAUGAAGUGCAAAUUAGGCAAGGCAUGGUACCAUGUGAAGCAGAAAUGUCAAUCCUGGGGAUAUCUGCAGAGGCAAAUAUGCCUAGCAAUUUCUGGUCCAGUUCAUAUUGGCCUGAAACAGGAUCCAUAUUUGUUGGUGGUUUGCCUCAUCAUUAUGCAAUAAAACAGAUACCUGGACCUGUCUACAAUUUCACUGGCUGUAUACAAGUCAUAGAAAUCAAUAAUUUGGGACCUUUCAACAUCUCUAAUGCUGUGGGAAGAAAUAAUGUUGACAAUUGCAGGAUUCCUGUAACCACACAUCUGUCAACAGCAUUCCCUAUGGUUUCUUCUGAUGUGCCUGAGUUGCCUGAGCCUGUUGUGCCCUCUCAGAUUUCCCCCAAAUUGCCAUCUGUAUGCCAGGAAGGACUGUGCCAUAACGGAGGGACUUGUCAUCCUCUCUCUCUGCCUACUGGGGCCACCUCGUUUCGGUGCGACUGCCCACUACACUUCACUGGUCGAUUCUGUGAAAAAGACACAGCACUGUUUUUUCCAUCCUUCACUGGAAAUUCUUAUUUGGAACUACCUUCUCUGACAUCUGUAUCUGACACCAGGACUGCAUCUGGGCAGGAAACAAGCAAUCUGACAACUCUGUACUUGACAGUGAAAACAACUGCUCUAAAUGGCACAAUUCUUUACACUAGUGAAAGGAAUUUUGGAGAACAGUUUCUUCACUUGUAUCUUGUGGAGGGAAGACCAACAGUUCGAUUCAGCUGUGGAAACUCUCAGAACAUUCUGACUGUAUCCGUCAAUCAAUCCAUUAGCAAGGGUAUACCCGUCCCUAUCACAAUAAGCUAUAUGUUGCCUGUGAGCAGUCCUAAAGGUUACUGUAUGAUUGAAAUGGCUGCAGAUGGAAAUCCUCCUGUACAACACAGACUUUCUCUCUCAUAUCGAGCAUCUCAGAUCACCUUUGGAUCAAUCUUCCUUGGAAAUGUUCCUGUUCAUGAAGAGGUUCAUCGAUGUGCUGGGCAGAUACAUGGCUAUAAAGGAUGCGUUAGGGAUUUUCAAGUUAACAACAAAGAGUUGUUCAUCAUAGAUGAGGCUCUUGGAGGAAGGAAUGUUGAGAACUGCAAUGUUCCGAUAUGUGAUUAUCACCCAUGUCGCAAUGGUGGGACCUGCACUAGGCCUUCUACCCUCACCCAUCUUCAUGGUGUGCUCCUGGGUACACGGCAGAGGCCUUCAUCUUCAUGCUAUGAAAACAGUAACAAGUCGGUCAGCACCUUCAGCAUGUGUGAAGAAGUAUUGUUAGAGAACUUUGAAAGUUAA